CUGCCAUCGCGAGCUUCAAUGUCCGGACCAUUGAUCUCGUUGUACAUAUCUGUCCGCUCCACAAACGUCUGAUGCCCUCAAUGAUACUUACCGUUCCGCAGUGAAAUACACGGUCGGAAACCCCUCGUCACUUUUGGUCCUCCCAACCAGUCAGGUAGCCCAUUCCGAACCGUUGGAACGAAGGAAGGAAAGGAGUAUAGCAUCCCCAAGGUUAGCGCCCCGCCAAAAAUCACACACGCCAACUUGCAGCCAAUGCAGCCAAUGCAACCGAUGCAGCCGAUGCAGUCCAUGCAACCAAUGCAACCGAUGCAGCCGAUGCAGCCACUUCAAUCCAUGGUCGGUCUAGCGCCCAUUCAGCCGCCACAUGGCCUGCCAUCGAUGCCUGGGAUGCUGGGAGCACCGGACGUCAUGGACCGAGGACGCGGCGGGCCUGCAAUUCGCCCGGUUAUGGGCCGCGGCGGCAUGCCGCCCAACUUUCGACCUCCCGGACUGGGUGCUCCGUUCCUUCCCAGCCACGGCAACUUUGGUCAUGGCUCGAUGCCGGGGCGGUUCUUUGAAGCCGACUUUCAACCAUCGCCCAUGAUGAUGGGCGGCCCAAUGGAUCCUCGGUUUCGCGGUUCCGGAGGAUUCCCGCAUAUGGGCGGAGGCUUUGGCCGUGGAGGUGUUGGUGUUGGCGGCGGCGGCGGUGGUGGUGGCAGCGGCGGUGCUGCCGGAGUUGGACCCAUGGGUGGAUUCGGGCGAGGCGAGUUUGGCCCCCGUGGAGCUCAAGGCUUCUUCGAGCAACGAGGUGGGCCCCACGGACCCGGAUUUGAAGGCAUCGAAGCCGACUUUGAUCCGAUGACUGGCGGAUUUGGACGCGGUAGCUUUAUCAAUCAGCCUCCUCGUGGCAGGGCAUUUGGCGGACCCGGAAAUGCAGGCCCACACGGCGGCCCUAGCUUCGGCGGUCCUAUGAACCCAAGCCGAUGGUCUGACCGCAGUCGCGACGAAGGAAACGAGCCCGGAGGCAGUGAGCGCGAAGGGCCCGCCCUCGGAGCAACCGAUUCCAAGAACCUAGGCUCGGACGACGAUCGGGGCGAAAAGCGCAAAUGGGAAGAAGGUCGGGAGGCGUCCAUCGCCGACGAGGCCGACGCCGGCGACAAGCCAAAGCGACCAACUCUGGAUUCCCCACGACAUGAUCGCGGAUCCGACAAAGCCGAUCGAGACAGGGACCGUGAACGAGAGCGAGAUCGAGAUCGUGAACGAGACCGUGAUCGCGACCGUGAUCGUGAUCGUGGCCGUGAACGGGAUCGAGAUCGAGAUCGCGACCGGGAGCAAGAUCGAAGCCGCAAAGAUCAUGACCGCGAACGAGACCGGGAGCGGGACCGUGGCCGUGAUCGCGAUCGCGAUCGGGAACGUGAACGCGAACAUGGUCGAGACCGAGACCGAGACCGGGACCGGGACCGGGAUCGAGACAGGGAUCGCGAAAGAGAGCGUGAGCAUGAUCGACCCAAGGAACGCGACCGGGACCGGGACCGAGAUCGAGACCGAAAACGAUCCGACAUGGCCGUCAAAGAGCGAGAGCCUGAUGCGCGAGCCCCAAGCGAUCACGGCAGCAGCUCACGAAGAGACGAUCGUAGCAGCAGUUCGCGCAAGGAGCGACAUCAAAGUCGGAGCCGAAGCCAAAGCCGAAGCCGAAGCCAGAGCCAGAGCCAGAGCCAGAGCCAAAGUCAAGGCCAGCGCCAGAGCCAGGGCCAGGUUCCAAGCCAAACUAUGUCAAUCCACUCGGAGCGAGCCAGGCGCGACGCUGACGAGCGAUCGACGUCGCAUGGCGUGGCUCUAGGCACACCCAUGGACGACUUUGGAGCGGACUCGCUCGACCUCAGGCUCGAUGCCAGUCCCGAUGAAGACCGGUGGAUGAUGGAGCCUUCGCCUCCGCCUGUGCAGACCGCCAGCCAAACAGCCGUCAGCGGUGGCGGAGGUAUCCGUAUCGUCGGCCGCAGCCAGAGUCAAGGAUCAAGCCGAAGCAGAAGUCGAAGUCGCAGCCCGCACAACGACAGUGUUGGUGGCAACGAGACCCACGGCCACCGAACAUUUGAUACCGGCGACAAAUACAUCAAGCGAUCCUCGUCGGCCCGGGGCGGCGGCGAUAGUAGCGACCGGCGCGAAUCCUCUUCCUCGGGCAAGUCAAGGAGCCGAUACCGAUCGAGCCGACAUCGAUCAAGCCGCAGCGAGAGAGAACGGGAUUAGACACGACGGAGAAGAAGGGCCGGGAUGUCGGGGAUCGUCCUGUG